GAAAUGAAUUGUCAGCCCUUAUGGAGGAUGGACGUUCUCAAGUUCUUUUAGCAAAAGUUUACAGUAAAAUGGAAAGACCUGGUGAUGCAAUCAUGUCAUUGCAGAAGGCUCGAGAAAUACAAGCCCGGGUACUAAAACGUGUUCAGAUAGAACAGCCAGAUGCAGUUCCUGCACAAAAACAUUUAGCAGCUGAAAUUUGUGCAGAGAUUGCAAAAGAUUCUGUUGCUCAGAGAGACUAUGAAAAAGCAAUUAAGUUUUAUAGAGAAGCUGUGGUUCAUUGUGAAACAGAUAAUAAGAUAAUGUUGGAACUGGCACAGUUAUAUCUGGCCCACGAUGAACCUGAUGCCUGCCAGCGGCACUGUGCACUGCUUCUCCAGCUUGACCAAGAUAAUGAACCUGCCACCAUGAUGAUGGCUGACCUCAUGUUCAGAAAACAAGACUAUGAACAAGCAGUGUUUCAUUUACAACAGCUAUUAGAACGUAAACCAGAUAAUUAUAUGACUUUAUCUCGUUUGAUUGAUCUCCUAAGAAGAUGUGGAAAACUUGAAGACGUUCCAAGAUUUUUCUCAAUGGCUGAGAAAUAUAACUCCAGAGCAAAACUGGAGCCAGGAUUUCAAUACUGUAAAGGACUGCAUCUUUGGUAUACUGGAGAACCAAAUGAUGCACUUCGACAUUUUAAUAAAGCUCGAAAAGACAGUGAUUGGGGCCAAAAUGCAAUUUAUAAUAUGAUAGAAAUCUGUUUGAAUCCAGACAAUGAAACUAUUGGAGGUGAAGUGUUUGAAAACCUGGAUGGAGAUCUAGGUCAUUCAACUGAGAAGCAAGAGUCUGUGCAAUUAGCAGUGAGAACAGCAGAAAAACUCCUUAAAGAGCUAAAACCUCAGACUGCUCAGGGUCACGUACAGCUUCGCAUAAUGGAAAACUAUUGCCUAAUGGCAACCAAACAGAAAUCUAAUGUUGAGCAAGUAUUAAAUACCUUCACCGAAAUAGCAACCUCUGAGAAGGAUCAUAUCCCAGCACUCUUGGGAAUGGCAACAGCUUAUAUGAUCUUGAAACAGACUCCAAGAGCUAGAAACCAGCUGAAGAGAAUUGCAAAAAUGAGUUGGAAUCCUAUUGAUGCUGAGGAGUUUGAGAAGAGCUGGCUAUUACUUGCAGACAUUUAUAUUCAAUCAGCAAAAUACGACAUGGCAGAAGAACUAUUAAAACGGUGCCUACGUCAUAAUAGAUCUUGUUGCAAAGCUUAUGAAUACAUGGGAUACAUUAUGGAAAAAGAGCAAGCAUAUACAGAUGCUGCCUUCAACUAUGAGAUGGCAUGGAAACAUGGCAAUCAGACAAAUCCAGCAGUAGGAUAUAGACUGGCAUUUAAUUAUUUAAAAGCAAAAAGAUAUGUGGAUGCAAUUGACAUAUGCCACCAGGUUCUUGAAGCACAUCCAACUUAUCCAAAAAUCAGAAAGGAUAUACUUGAUAAGGCCCGCACAUCUUUAAGACCUUGAAAAUAGUGAUUUUAACUUAGUUUGUUAAGCAGGAAAUGAAAGAAAGAGAUCUAACUUUGGGUUCUAAAUUAAAUGCUUUGUAGUUGAAGCGUUUUCCUUUCUCCAGCAGAGGCUGCUGCUGUAUAUAAAGAGAAGUGCAGUGUCACGUGGUGUUUCCUAAUGCAGAAGCUAAAUGAGAGCUGCUCUGUUUGACUGUCUUGAUUAAGGGAAGAUUUGGUAUCUCUGUGUUAAAACUAUAACUCAUUUCUGUAAAGAAUAGUUUUGUUAAGAGCUGGAUCAUAUCAUAUUUUGUGGAAUAUUAGUUAUUUCAGCAAGUAUAUUUAAAAUG